CGAACACCUUCCGCUCGACAAGAAGAGAAGAGAAAGAGACCAUGGCGACCGGAGUGCUCCACCAAUACACCCCCAGGCUCGUUGCCUUUGAGUACGGCACCGCGACACACGACAACGUUCUUCUCUUCGUAGGCGGCCUCGGCGACGGGCUCGAGACAGUGCCCUACGUGCCGUUGCUCGCGGACAAACUCGCGCCGAUGGGAUGGUCCGUCGCGCAGGUCCUUAUCUCGUCCUCCUACCGCGGCUGGGGCACCGGCACGCUCGCUCGCGACGCAGACGAAAUUGCGCAGGCGGUUGACUAUUUCCGUCGGCGGAAACCUGCAGGGAGCAAGAUCGCGCUCAUGGGACACUCGACCGGGUGCCAGGACACGAUGCAGCUUCUCGUGCGCAGGUCAUCAUCAUCAGACUCCACCUCCCCCCUCCUUUCCGGUGCAAUCCUUCAAGCCCCCGUCUCAGAUCGCGAGGCAAUGCACCUUCUCUUCCCCGACCAAGCCGCCCCUCUCCUAACCUACGCUCUCGCGCAGCAAGCCGCCGGCAACGGCGCCGAAAUCCUUCCCAAACGAUACUCCGAUCUCUUUUUCGACACCCCAAUCACCGCCGACCGCUGGAUCUCCCUCGCAAAAAAAGAAGGCGACGAUGAUUUCUUCUCCUCCGAUCUUGACGACACCGUGCUCAGCUCGACGUUUGGCGCAGUGUCGUGCCCGCUACUUGUCCUUGUCUCGGGAGCGGACGAGUUCAUGCCUGCUGAAGUGAGCAAACCGGAUUUGGUCGGCCGAUGGAAACGCUUCGUCAAGCCCGAGUAUUGGGCGGAGAAAAGUGGUGUUGUUGCUGGUGGAAGACAUAAUCUCGGGCCUGGCUCUGCGUCCGACGCAGCUGAGGACGCCAUCGCUCGCGUAGCAGCUUUUCUCUCCUCUUUAUAACUACAAUCUUACAAAUAUAAAGCAUCAUGUG